AUGGCGAGCAAGGGACAUGAAAAGUCUACCUCGGCUGACGCGCCCGCCAUGCACAAACAACGAUGCGACAGUGGCCGAAAUGGUAGCAACAGAGAUUAUCCUUGCGCCUCUCCUCGCGGCCAAUCCCCUACAGCACCAGAUCACUCCGAGCCCAAGCAGCCAGGGAAUAUUCAAGAUCUCCUCGAGUACAGACUUGACAAAUCAAGCACACCGAAGAAUAAGUCAGCGGCAACUAAAUCUAGAUCUCCGGUUGAAUCAGUACUCACCAAGGAAGAUGUGAAGAAAAUUCUCUCUGGGGCGCCUCACUUUCUUUUGGAGAAGGGCAAACAUGGGCGGUGGUAUCCCCAAGUGAUCUUUCCCUGGGAUGAACAGAACCCUGUAGUUCAACAUCUGUGGGAUCGGAAGCCAUUACCACAUGCUUCAUUUACUCUCAGCACACUCCACGCUCAUCUACCGGUCCCAGAUGACUGGGCUGUGAAAGGUGGUGUGCCUAUUCAAAUUUACGACUGGCGCCGAACAGACGCUACCAACAGGGCUACUUUUGAUGUCGGGAUAUUCGAGGUACCCAACAUGUUGUCUAACAACGGAAAGGAGCCCGGUACCGUUGGCUUUCGACAUUUUCUUGAACUGUCCGUGGCGGAUGCUGUUCGAUAUACGGGCCCCGAAGAGCCCAGGCCACCACCAUACUUGCGGCGCGUCUCAAACUUGCCAGCAACCGAGGCCUUCGAUCUGAUGGGGGGUACGACAGACCCUAUUCCCAAUGCCAGAGUGGUGCCGUCUACGAUCGUCACCAGCUCAUCUGCGACGGUCCUCGGGCCUGGAAGCGCAUUGGGACAAGACAUGCUUCGAGAGGGAUCGACAAAGACAAUUCUAGACAUUGAGACUCCGUAUCAAUUACACGAUUCAUUGCAUACUCGUUUUCUCUACCCCCAUCCGCCACCUGCCGACAUCCUGCCAGGCCAUCCCCAUAGCAUCAAGUCACAGAUCAAGACAUUGUGUAUUGUGCUGAACACCCCGGGUGCAUGGAUCAACUUCAGCCUGCCUGAAUGGCGUUUUCGUGCCGGGCAAGUUCUUUGGGAAGCUUCACUACAUGGUGAUGGGGACUGUCUAGAGCCUGGGUCAAGCGGUGACCGCCUACCUCGAGAGGAUUUGACCACGUCUGGAAUUGAGCGAAAGUGGUUGAUGAUACAGAUGCUUCUCUCCGCGGAGUUGCUUCUUCGAUUGGAUGCUUUUGUUCGAGUUGGUAUGUUACAUGAUCCGCAUGGGGGUCAUAUCACGAUCCUGGAACUUCAUCAAUUCGACAAGCUGCGUGAAGGCAAGGUCAAUUGGGAUUUGAUUGUUGUGCGUCGAUUCCUUGAUAGUCUGGAUAUCACUUGGGCAUCAUCGGAAUCAAAAGCACCUUCAGAUGCAUCUCGGUCACCCUCUUCGCCCAACAAGUCGCCUGAGAAGGGUCGCCACUUUCCCUUCAUGGAAACUCUCACUCGACGCAAAUCAUCCCCGGCUGCGAGCCUGCAGUCUGCCUGGGAUUGCCAGCUAAGCUCAUCGCACGUCCGACAACAGCUGGAGGGAUUGUACGUUUUCGCUGAAAAUAUUGGAUGGCCAAAUAUCGAUGCCUUGAAAACUGCAAUGAACCUUAAACUGGGGGACGCAGAGAAUCCGAUCCUUCCAGCCUUGGUUGUCGAUGACAGGGGGGUGGAACCUAUAUCCAGUGGGACCUCACUGGGCAAGGAGGAUAUGUACACCCGGAACCCCUGCCGCCGGCGCGUGAAGCUCCAUAGCUCGGGCGAUCCACAAUCUAAAACCCUAGGCUGGGUUUCGCGUACUUGGCUAUCUGGAUUCGUGAUCCCCGGUGAGGGCGUCAGUCAUCUUCUCAUGGCUACCCUGCUAGAGAAUGAUGCUGAGGCUCUAGGGCAGCUGGGGCCUAUUGCUAAUCUCUAUGGGGGAUUUGUUUAUGGUGAACGCAGUUGGUGGAGCAAGGCAUGCAUUGUUGGGCGCGUUCUGUCUAGUGCAGCAGGAGCCAGGACAUGCAUGGGGUGGAUCAGCAGCGACAUGCUUCCCCGCGAUAAAACUACGCAGGAGGUACUUGAGCGUGGUUGGUUUGAGCUCCCUGUUGAGCAAGUACCCCAGGUUUCGAGUAAGCCUCGAAUCAAGCAGGGAGCUAGGCUUACGAUGGAGUCAUCACCUUUGGGUGUAGGAGAUAUCACCGCAGAGGCCUUUACGAUUCCAAAAGAAGAAGCCGAGUCAAGCGCAACAUCCAAUCGCCAAGUGAGGUUGUUGGGUUUAUCGGUCAAUGGUGUCAGAUCUCCAUGCGACAAUGGGAAGACCAUUGCACCCGCUGACGAGGCAACUAUGUCAUUCUCCAUUGAUGAAGCGGAAGGCGCAGGGGGCGCAAUUACGGUUUCCUUCGCCCUCAAGUACAAUGUACGCUUCAUUUCCGCCCAUGAGUGUCGUGUGCCAUUAGGAGUUGCCAGCAGAAACCACGUCGACCGAGAGCAAGUCGAAAAACAAGAGCCUACAAAGCCGCAAGAGUCUAAAUGGACGCGCCUGCCUAGUCAUCCACUGCACCGGUCCUAUUCAUACAAUUAUAUUCCACUCGCCAGUCUCCCAAACACCUCGGCGCCGCAGCCGAUGCGAUCUUCGCAAGAUGACGAGGCUCCGCCCACCCCAGAAAUCAUCAUAAUCGACGCGCGAGGCAACCGGGCCAAGGAAACGUUCGUUCGGGCAUGGUGCGCUUCUGUCGGGUGUCAUGCGAUCAUCAGUCGAUGCGGGCGGGCUUGCGUCGCGUGUUGUAUCAGGCAAGCGAGAGCAGUGGAUAUUCCGGUCGUGGUACGCGUGAGCGACUAA